AUGGCUAAACUCAUCUCCAGAACUGCUCACCGCAUCCGCCACUACCUCAGUUACCAUGUUUCGCAUCGACGGUUGAAAGUUGGUUCUUUCAUCGCUUCACUUUUAUGCUGUCUUUCGGCCGGUUCAAUCCUACUAUUUCUGCUUUUUUCGUAUUCGUUGCACUCGUUAGGUCUUUCUUACCUCGAGAUAAACUCCAUAGCAUCGGUUUCGGCCGUCGGCAUGUACUUGUGUCUUCCUAUUUUAGGGUACCUCGCUGACACUCAUGGACCUCCGCUUUUAUCGUUGAUCCUGAUUUGUUGUUUUGUUCCCAGUUAUUACUACAACGCUUAUUUGGUGCAAUCCAGUGCCAGAUCUUCACAAAGAAUAAGCGUGGCGUCACUUUCAUUGACGUUUCUUCUCAUUGGUUUGGCCACUUCGUCGCUCUACUUUCUGUCGCUUCUCACCUGUGCCAAAAUAUUCCCCAACCACAAGGGGCUUGCGAUCUCGCUCCCGGUCACCUGCUACGGCUUGCUGUCUUUGAUAGGGUCGCAGGUACUCCAAAUGGGCUAUUUUCGUCCGCAAACCCACCUCGAUCUUUAUCGAGUAUUCUGCUUUUUCGGCACAUUUUACUUGGCCAUGGGAAUCGUAAAUUUCCUAGCAGCACUGCUCGAGCUGAUGGAGAGCGAUGUGAUCUUUUCGGACCAUGAACCGUUGCUUCAUGCCCAUCAUGACCCAGAAGAAUGCACCGACGAUGAGAGUUUGCGUCCAGUUCGGUCCACGUUAUCACAGAACCAGCGUCGUCGCUUUGCCAGCUUCUUGGCUGAUCCGCGGGCUUGGCUUCUUUUGGUUUCGUUUGUGCUUAGUAUUGGGCCCCUAGAAAGUUUCCAAAAUAAUCUUGGUUCGAUCGUGGAAAAUAUCUCGAAAAACCAAAACCUUACCACCAUGGUGAGCAUUCUCGCAGCCUGUUCUACAGUCUCCAGGCUCGUUGCUGGCGGAUUGUGUGACUGGCUUCAUCCCGGCAACGACGAGUCUGCGGGAGGAGCUUUGGUGGUUCUUCCUCUCACCAUUAUCGUUGCUGGAAUUGGACAAUUUCUCGUCAAUUUAGCCAACUUGAAAGUGGCUACUGGUGUCAGUGGAGCCGGAUAUGGUGGGCUUUUUACGGUGUAUCCCACUAUAAUAGCGUCAAUUUGGGGUAUAGAUAUGCUAGGCACCAUCUGGGGCAGUUUUAUGGUGGGACCAGCAAUUGGUCUGGUGAUAUUUCUGCUUCUUUAUGGUCAUGAAGCAGACGGCCACUGUCCGCAAAAAGGGUGUUUGCAGAGGUAUUUUGGCAUUACCACCAUUAGUAUGGUGUUGAGCUUGGGGCUAGUUGCGGCGAUGAUGGUCAAGAAACGGAGGAAUUAA